UAAAAAUUACAAGAUGAGCAUACAUACUGCUUUAAGAGACUUAAAGGAAUCGACUAGGAAGCCAACGUCAUUUCGUUCAAUCAAGAAUAUCUCUACUGGGAGUGCAUUUUUCAAAAAUUUAGCACUGAAGAACCAGAAUAUUUUUGAAGAGAGGAAAAGACCUAGCUUAAGAAAUCAUGGCAGAACUCAGUCAAUGAGCUCGAUCAUUAAGGAGCAUGUUAAAGAUACAGGGUUUGAUGAAAAAGUUCCUAUCCCUGCUCAUUGGAAGAAGGAGCCAUUUAUAGUCACCACACGUACUGAGCUCAAAGAUCUCCAAAGAGCGGAAUUUCUUCCAAAUGCUAGCUAUAAUCUAGACGGAGAUGGUAGCGUCAAUGAAAAGGAAUUUAUCAUUGGAAAGAUGUUUGAUAAGGGCAACAAGGGAUAUCUUACACAGAGAGAAAAAGCUGAAGCUUGCGCUGCCAUAAAUAAUGGUCUUGAGACUGAUCUUAUCAAAAGAAAAGAAAUUUCUGGGAAAAAGGGUUUUUACCAUCACAAAAGCAGACAUACGAUAGAUUUCGAAGUUCCUAAUGAGUCAAUGCCAGACCCUAGCUCUUGCACUUAUGGCUCUAACCCAGAUGAAAACAGUCCAUCCCCAAAGAAAACUUUUAGAAGCAAAACAGAGUUAGACAGCUACAGAAAAGAUGAAAAUGUGAGAACUUUAAAUCUUCUUAAGAAGAAUUUCGAUCUCAAAAACUCAGAUUUUGUUCCUAUAAAGUUUAAAAAGUCUGAAUUCCUGAUAAAAAAUCCAAAACACCAGUCGAUGAGUGAGAUUCAUGACAAACUCAAGAAAGAUGCAAGAAUUAAAGCUGGUCUUGAUGCUGUUGCUAGCAUGCAUAUCACCAGAGAAACAGAGAAGAUGGUUCCAAGCCUAAGAUACAACACAAAGCCCAAGUUUCCAAGUGCAACGGUUAUGAAAGAGACAUUCAGAGAUGAUAAGAUCAAGAAGGAAAAUCAAGCUAAUAACAUGAACAACCAUAUCGACCCUGUCAAACGUAUUGAUGAAAAAGAACAAGCCUCCUUUAGGAUCAGAAGAUUUGAUCAUGAUAACCCAACCUUUGCAGAAAAAAUCGAAAGGCAAAAGAAAGAAAAUUUGGAACAUUAUUCCAAGACUUUUGGCAACAUCACCAUUGGAGUACAUGGGCGCGAAUUACCAAAAUUUUCAACAAAUAAUAAGGAGUGGUGGAAGAACCAGAGUGGGUAUAAUAGCUCACCAAAAUACCUUUCUUCUAAAGUUAUGCACGAGGAUAGAAAUUCUUUCAAGAAAAAUGAGCCUAUUGUUUUAGCAGAGACUACUAUUGAGCCUCCUCCGUUAGAUGUCUUCAAGAGAAACAGCAUUCCAAAUUUAAAGCCAUACCAAACUCUUGAGCAUAAGAUUGCUCCGAAGAUCACAGAUUGCAAGAGAAAAGGGCCUGACUUCUUCGAACCCCAAUACGACAGACCCCACAAGACUUUGAAGAAAUGGUCUGAAAUCGAGAGACAAUUCCGUGACAUUCCUCGCUCUCGUAGAUACAUGGACGGACUAAAGCCUGCAAAAGAGCAUCCUUCAGACAUUAACGGGCCUCUGUAUUCCUCAUUCACCAAGAACAACGAAUUCAAGGAGACCAAAGUUAGCCAAAAGAGCUAAAAUCUUGCUAAAAUCAAUU